CUGCCUGCCAGAACCUACCUGAUGGACACAUCCAGGGAGGAAGUGUCCAGCCUGCCCUCCAAACCAGACGCAGCAACACUGCUGACAUCCCCGCAGCGAGACACACACAAGCCCAGCGACAGCCCGCGGCUACAGCACUUUGACCUCUUGGCCCGUCACCACAGUUCCCAGGUCUCCCAGUCCAACCCAGAUCUGUUUACCAACACCAAGGCCCGGGAUGGCAGUGAGGUGUACCACACCAACCAAUGGGCAGACAAUUUCAAGGGGGAAAGUCUUGACAAAGGACAAUCUCCUGCUCCAGCUGGCGAGUCGAACCCCGCAGCCCAGGCACACAGAUCCAGGAGUAAGAAGAAAACGCCCAAGGAAGGACAACUCAAGCGAGAGCUACACAGCCAAGCAGAACUCCCCCCUCCACCAGCCCCUACUUCUACAGACGACUCCCUGCAGCUCUGGGCAGAUGUUUUGACCCGCAGCCGAAGGGACAGUGAAAGCAAAGAGGGCAGUGACUCGCCUACUCUCCAGAGGAGGGAAGAACAUUUCUCCCAACAAAAGAGAGGAACUACAAAGUGGUUAUCACAGGAUGAGAAUGUAAUCCCAUAUGGACAGUCCAGCUUCCUGCCCAAGGUCCAGAUGUCAGGCUACGGGUCCCUGGGUGGAGGAGUCUUUCCGCGACCCUCCACUGCCGGCCGCAGGAGAGAUGAGAACCUCAUGUAGACGGAAGCUGAUCUCCUUUUUACCCUCUGAUUUCCUGUGUUUGCAAACCAUCACUCUGUUGCCAUGGUAUCUUAUGAAAAGCUGAAGACAAAAGGGAAAGCAUCAAGGCUUGCCAUCUGCCUUUUCACCAACUAUUUGUAUUCUUUUUUUAAUUUUAUUUGAAUGAUUUAAUCUUUAUUUUUUUGUGAUUCCCUUCAACCCUCGUUCAUGUAUAUAGACAUCUUUACAAUUUUUUAAAAGAUGUGUUCAGAUAUAUUACUAAAAAUGGAUCCGAGGGGGGGCGAAAGUAUUGUAUUUUUAGGCAAUGGGAAGUAAAUGUAACUAUUACAUCAUUGUACAGCAGAUUAUUGAAUGUAUCUUCUGUUUACUCCUGACCAUGAAACCACGAUGUGAACCACGACGUGUGUGUGUUUAAUGACAGGCCGAAAAAGACAAGAGGUAGAAAAUUUGUCAAUAACCCAUCAUGUUGGUCUGGGUGUGUGUGUGUGUG